UCCCUUUCCAGAGCCGCCGGUUUCUUAGAAACCGGGCGGCGCGUUCCCGGUGGCGGAGCGCUGGACUCCGGGGCCCGGACGUCCCCGCCACAGCCUCCUCUGCCGGCGGGUGACCGCUGAAAUCUGUCCGGACUCAUGGUCUCCCGUGAGGUGCGGGGCUAGCGAUGCCAGCGUGCCAGGAGCCAUGUCUGACCAGGACCGUGGGAUGGCCGUUUGCAUGCUGGAGGCUCUCGUGAGGAGAUGAGCUGGUGACAGAGAAGCCGACAUGAAGAUGCUCCCCGGAGUGGGUGUGUUUGGGACGGGCAGCUCCGCCCGAGUUCUGGUCCCACUGCUGAGGGCAGAGGGGUUCACGGUGGAGGCCCUGUGGGGGAAGACUGAGGAGGAGGCAAAGCAGCUGGCUGAGGAGAUGGACAUCGCCUUCUAUACCAGCCGGACCGAUGACGUCUUGCUGCAUCAAGAUGUGGACCUGGUGUGCAUCAACAUCCCCCCUCCGCUCACCCGGCAAAUAUCCGUGAAGGCGCUAGGAAUUGGGAAGAAUGUGGUUUGUGAGAAGGCGGCGACUUCGGUGGACGCCUUCCGCAUGGUGACGGCCUCGCGCUACUACCCGCAGCUGAUGAGCCUGGUGGGGAACGUGCUGCGCUUCCUGCCCGCCUUCGUGCGCAUGAAGCAGCUGAUCGCCGAGCAGUACGUGGGCGCCGUCCUCAUCUGCGACGCCCGCGUCUACUCGGGCAGCCUGCUCAGCCCCAGCUACGGCUGGAUCUGCGACGAGCUCAUGGGCGGUGGGGGUCUGCACACCAUGGGCACCUACAUCGUGGACCUGCUCACCCACCUGACUGGCCGGAGGGCAGAGAAGGUGCACGGGCUGCUCAAGACCUUCGUGAGGCAGAACGCGGCCAUCCGGGGCAUCCGGCACGUCACCAGCGAUGACUUCUGUUUCUUCCAGAUGCUCAUGGGUGGGGGGGUGUGCAGCACAGUGACACUCAACUUCAACAUGCCGGGCGCCUUUGUGCACGAGGUCAUGGUGGUGGGCUCCGCGGGACGCCUGGUCGCCAGGGGAGCUGACCUCUACGGGCAGAAGAACUCCGCCACGCGAGAGGAGCUGCUGCUGAGGGACUCGCUGGCCGUGGACGCGGGGCUGCCCGGCCAGGGGCCCCAGGACGUCCCCCUGCUCUACCUGAAGGGCAUGGUCUACAUGGUGCAGGCCCUGCGCCAGUCCUUCCAGGGGCAGGGCGACCGCCGCACCUGGGACCACACCCCCGUCUCCAUGGCCGCCUCCUUCGAGGACGGGCUGUACAUGCAGAGCGUAGUGGAUGCCAUCAAGAGGUCGAGCAGAUCGGGGGAGUGGGAGGCUGUGGAGGUGCUGAAGGAGGAGCCCGAUGCCAACCAGAAUCUGUGCGAGGCGCUCCAGCGGAAUAACCUGUGAGGCGGCUUGUGGGCUCCUGCCAUGGGGCCCCGGGGCCCAGGACAGACCAGGAACGGGGAUGGGAGGUCUUGGCGCUCACGCAGUAUCUUUGAUUUAACAAGUCCACUUGAGGUAGGGUCUGGGUGAGGCCACAGGUGGCCCUGGGAAAUGGCCUCUCCAGCAGCUUGUUUCGGUCUGCUCAUGUCCACACAGACAGGGCCGUGACGCCCCCGCGGUGGCCAAGAGGACGCGCCAGGUGCACAGGCCGAGCCGGGUCUCUGUGUCACACUGGUGAGCGUGGCCAGCAAAAGCUUGACUUGGGGGAUUCUUGCAGCCUGAUUUAUGGUCCUGCCUAGAUGAGAAAACAAAACAACGGCCAGCUUGGCCGAUUCUUCAGGCCCGAGGAGAGAGACAAGCACUCUUGUUUCUAGACCCUUCCUGGGCUAGGGCAUCUCAGGAAUGGGAGGGCAGCAAGUCAGCCCUGAGCGAUACACUGCUCUCCCACCCACGGGCUGAGCCCUUCUGCCUACAGGCUCCCCUUCCCUGGCUGGGCGGAGGGUGCGCUUCCCUACAUGAGCUCUCAGGCUGUUGGCCCGGGGCAAAGGGCACCUGACUUGGCAGAAAGGAGGUAAGGGAGAGCUCCGGAACAUCUGAUAAAUGUUAAUAAAUCAAAAAUUAUAGCA